CAUACGCGUCCGCCCGCCGAUCCGACCUCCCCUUCACGCCGUCGCCACCAGUAUAAUCACACCACGGCGGGGCCUGUCCUUCUCCGUCAUUUCGCCACACUUCCUCCUCCUACUUAACCGUCGCCCCUCCUCGCUCCUAAUCCCGUCGUAAUAUCCGCCUUAAUCAAACACAAACACACGCUGGGCUACUGCUACUGCCAGUCCUUGUUACGUAGCCAGCAGUUUUGACUUCUCGCCGUCGUGUCACGGCAGAAACAUCUAUCUGGUCCAUGGAGAUGGAUUCCUCGUCGUCGCCUCCGGCGAGCUCGCUGGGGCACAGGCUGCGGGCCACCGUGUGCUGCUGCUUCGGGGGAGACCGGGCGCAGUGGGGCAGGCGGCGCGUUGGCGGUGGCGGUGGUGCCAGCGGGGGCGGAAAGUUCCGGUACGACCCGCUCAGCUACGCGCUCAACUUCGACGAUCAGGGCCCCGACGGCGACGAGUACGAGACGUCCAUCGACGACUUCGGCGACGGAGACGGUGGCUUCCUGAUCUACCAUGGCUUCUCGUCCUCGCCGCCGCCUCUGUCGACCACUCAGGCGCGGGAGGCGGCCGUCGCGGCCGCGUAAGCGUAGCCGUGGACCGAUCGAUCGAUCUUCCGUUCGGCUGUCAGAAACAUGUUGUUCGUAGUAGUAGUGUACUGGUAGUACUAGUAUAGCUCCUGCAUGCUGCAUCUCCGUUUUGAUCCAUAUGUACGUCUGUUACGUAUCUACUAUAGUAGUACACUAGAUACAGCAUGUGUAUAUAGGAGUAUGUGACUGAAAGAUCUUUAUUGCGUGUAUGCCGAUUGACAUUGGAUUUGGAGUAGUCGAGCUUUA